AUGGCUCGUAGUUCCAAACUCGUCAUAGCUCUACUUCACAUAUUUGCUUGGUCAUUUCUGGACAUUCUUGAAAUAAGCAAUGGCACAGAGACUGAUAUCUACUGCUUGAGGUCGAUUAAAGAGUCAUUAGAAGACCCUUACAAUAACUUCAAAUCAUGGGAUUUCAGCUACAACACAGAAGAUUUCAUCUGUAAAUUUGUUGGGGUCGACUGUUGGCGCAUUGACGAAAACAAAGUUCUUAAUAUCAAGUUGGAGAACAUGGGGCUAAAGGGCCACUUUCCUCGGGAAAUCGAGAACUGCACAUCGAUAAUGGGUCUGGACCUGUCAGGUAAUGAGCUUACAGGCACCAUACCAUCUGACAUAUCUUUGUUGCUCCCGAAUGUAACCUCCCUUGAUCUCUCAUCCAACAAUUUUGCUGGUGAAAUCCCUAAGAGCAUAGUGAAUUGCGAUCAUCUAAAUGUCCUGAGGCCCAUAAAAAGCCUGUAA